AUGUUCGAGGAUACGGAAGAUGUAUCUGACGUCGAGGAAGAUUUCUAUAACGCACUAGCGCUGUUACGUUCGACGGACGAGGAUAGCACGGAGAAACUUCGUAAAAUGUUGGACGCGCUCAUCGAGAGGAAGUACGGUUUUGACAAAAUUUUAAUGGCAAGCAUGCCGAAGAAAUUUCUGCAAAAUACCAAAAUUCGUGGGAAAACGGUCUCGAGCAACGGAUCAGAGACGCUCGACGUCGCCGUCUCGCGCAGGCCUGGAAAUACCUCUCAGAAAUCCAUGAAUCUGAUAUUCUUGGAUAAUGCAAAAGACAAUACAUGCAAUCCAAUAAAAAUAUUCGAGGCAAACGUUGAGGAUUACAGCGAGAAAGGAGACAUUCCGAGGAUAUCUAUACCGGACGAGGGAUCGAUAGAUCUGCUUCUGUGCAAGAUCUGUAACGGAGCAAAAUUGGGACCACUGAUUCUAUUGGAGUGUCAAGACUGUCAAGAAGUCUACCACCCUCUGUGUCACCAGCCCCCAGUCGUUGACAUCGACGUCUACGAUCCUAGAAUCGUUUGGCGGUGUAGUAAAUGCAUGGGCACCGCUCCCGUAAACACCGAUCUCGAUUUCGACGAAACGAAACCGAAAAGAUUUUGUUGGCACAACGAUACGGACGACGCGAAUGAAGAAGCUUCUACGAACACCGAAAAAUUGGAGGAAACGGAGAAAAACGAAACUAGUAUCGUCGAUCAAGUGUUACCUGAUACUUAUCAAAAGAUUGGUUGUAUCGACGAAGGUACGAUAUUCGCGAAAGAUCCUUCGCAGUUAACUCAGAAAAUAAUGAGAAGCGUAUCCUCGAAUCAGUUAAAGAAACGAAUCGGCUCAAAACUUUCGGUGACUCGCUCUGUUACUAAGUAA